GGGCAUGGCUCGAUGCCUGCUGUAUAGACAAACGAGCAGCAGCGAGCUCUCCGAGGCGUUGAACUCUAUGUUCCGCUGGUAUCAGGAAGCCGUCGUGUGUUACGCUUACCUCCACGACGUCCCCGAUCGGUUCGAUGCGACGUCUCCGACACUCGACGACGAUGACCUACAGCAAAGCUUCGUUGACAGCGCAUAUUUUACCCGCGGUUGGACCCUCCAGGAGCUCCUCGCGCCUCGUCUCCUGUUCUUCGUCUCGCACGACUGGACGGUGAUAGGCACAAAACAUUCUUGGGCUCCCGCUAUCCACCGUGCAACCGGCAUCGACUUAGAAGCCUCGCGGAGGCGGACCUCGCGACCCGAAGACCGCGCAUACUCGCUCGUGGGUAUCUUUGGCGUCAGCCUGGUCACCCUCUACGGCGAGGGCGCGGAGAAGGCGUUCUACAGGCUCCAGGAGCUCCUCCGCCAAUGUCCCCCCGACCAGAGUUUGUUCGCGUGGUGCGCGUUGGACUUGUACGACGUGUUGUCCAUCCAGACGUUUCGGCCGCGCCCCGACGACAUGUUUGUGCAGGAGCCCAUUGUGGACACCGCCAACUCCGGCCGCCUCCUCGCGCCUUCCCCAGGUUGCUUCGCCUGCGCUGGAGAUAUUGUCUCCGUUUCCCAAGCCCGAUUCGCGGAGUUCUUGGGCACGCACCUCCCGCCGCACUCGAUCGAGACGCACAUCACUGGCUUCGGCAUCCGCGUAACGCUCCCUCUUAUCCUCGUCACCGACCAUCCAGAUACUUAUGGUGUUCUUCGCCCUCCUCUCUUGCCAGCACUCCACUCUCCUAGAUAG